UUUUUCACUCAGUGGUUUUGUGCGAGUUUGAUUUGAAGUUGGUGGUGUUUUCAAUCGCUCCUUUGCCGUCAUCCGUCAUCGUUUUGCUUGUCGGGAGUUGUAUUUUAUUUCUUCCAUGGCUAAGUGCGGAUUUCUUGUGGAUGUGUGUGUGUGUUAAAAGUGGAAAAACGGCUCAUACAAGUUUUUAAGGAAUACUAAUGAAAUGCACAUAUUAAUAUGAGAAACAUAUAAAAAUGAUAUAUGAAUUGGCAAAAUAGAAACAAAGAAUGUGAUAAGUAGCAUAAGAAAGUAUUUUAUACAGAAAAACGACGUUAAUCCUUAGUGUGACGGUCUUUAAUUACCGCUCCGAAAAUGUGUGCAAGUGUGUAUACGAGAAAAAUGGAUUAUACGCAAGACCUCGUCAAAAGUUUUAAGAACAAUUCCUUUGAGAGUAUUGUGAGUUUUUGUGACUAUUGCUAUCAUGCAUCGUUCACUGAAGCCGCAUACACAAGCUAAGAAGAUAACGAAAGUCGCUCCGCCCGCUCUUCCUGGAGAUCCAGUACCAACGUCAACUGCAUAUCAGCAACACGUAGCAAUAUAUCGUUUAGGAGGCAAUACUCCCAAUGCAAGUUGUAAACUGGAGGAUGGGAUUAUAAUGAGUAGUAUGGUUUCGUCGCCAUCGCUCGAAGAGGGCGGUUUCAAUUUGCCAAGAGAACCGACAGUAGCUUUACGAAUCAAAGAUGAAAUAGGAGAAUAUUCUGCUGCCAUGUCGUCAUCCGGUUCUUCCCAGACUGGAAUAGCAGGUGCAAGCGGGGUGAAGAAUCCACAGCCAUCCAGUGCAACUAGUUCUUUGAUAAGUGCAUGUCCACAAAAUCUAGUGCCAUGUGCCCCACCAGUAUUUUGCGCAACUUUACGAGAACCGCUGACUCACAAGGCCGCCGUUUAUUACCACCAGCAGCUGGCUCUGCAAGAAGACCAAGGUAUCGAUUUAACCCAAUCUCCCGGUCGGGAUUCGCCUGGUUCUUCAUCAGGUUCAGCGGGUUCUGGAUCUCGUCACUCAACCGCUAGCUUAGAUUCGGGCCGAGCCUCAUCAUAUCUUACUGGUGUUUCUGGUGCCGGCUCCAUUCGAAGUAGUGGUGGGGGAGCUCUCUCAUCGCCACGAUGCAGCUCAUUAAGCUCAUGCUCAAUAGGCUCUAUGGAUCGCCAACGAAAUGAAGAACUGAUUGUCGAUUGGCUGAUGGAAAUGAAAUACGAAGAAUAUGCCCAAUUGUUUAUUGCAGCGGGCUAUGAUUUACCCACCAUAGCUCGCAUGACUCCGGAAGAUUUGACAGCAAUCGGCAUUAAAAAUCCGCAGCAUCGAGAGCGCAUCAAACAACGUAUUGACAAACUACAAGUUUUAGAUAAUCUACCACAUUUUGUGCCGGGAUCCAUUGAAGAGUGGCUACAAUUACUUCGUUUGGAGGAGUAUCUGCAGCCUUUAUUGGAUCAAAACUACAAGACAGUCCGAGACGUCACACAAGUUACUUGGGAAGAUCUGGAAGAUAUUGGCAUUGUCAAGUUGGGACAUCAAAAGAAAAUUUUACUUGCCAUUAAACGUGUCAAAGACAUAAUAAGUGGAAAAUGGAAUCCAGGAGGUUCAAAUCCAUAUAACCAACAGGUAAUGUAUGCCAAACCUUGGCACCAAUUACCCCCAACUCCCACUUAUUUGCCCACAGCGCGUGUUUCGUGGGACGAUUCCAAAAUAUAUGCCAUAGCAAAUGCAACUUCUGAUACCUACCAUUGUAAUGGUAUUAGUCAUGAUUGUUGCAAUGACAAUGAUGUUGUUUUAAUCAAGGUACGUCAACCACGUGGUAAAAGCUUGGAAUCUCUUGAAGAUAUUCACGACAAUAGCACGCGGAGCCAUUUAACUUUUAGCCAUUACACAACUACGGACUAUGGCCAUUUCACACAUCCCUCACAACUUCAGCAGCAUCCAUCUUUGCAACAACAGCAGCACCAUUUGCAGCAGUCCGUUCUAAUGGCUGGAGCGGCCGCAGGAACCGCUUCUACGGUAGGUGGACCACCACGAAUCCUUACCAAUCCAACCACAAUGAACUGGCGUCGAUCAUACGAUGAUGGAGACAUAACGCCAACCAAUGAUGCAGCAGCCCGUGAAUUGAUGUAUGAAGAGGGUGGUGGCACCUUGCCGCGCCACCAACGCGGAAUACUUCAAAGAGCUGUUUUGAAUACUAUGCCGCCAUUGGAACACCAUCAUUAUAUGAAUGCAGCUGCUGCAGAAUAUGUAUGUCAUGCUGCUGGCAUUGGUGGAGCUACAAAUGCUAACGUGCAAAGUGCUUCUGCAGGCAACGUCGUUGAUAACCCAAAUCUUAACAAUCCCUACUUGACUGGAAGUCCUAUGACUAACAAAAAAAUUGCACCCGAACCCCCUCGACGUCACUGCAGCAUACGUAAUUCUCGUGCAAUGAGCCAGGAUGGCUCCCAAAUCAAUCCUGCUUCCGCCACAGUCAGUGGUCACGGUGCACUCACACCAAAUAUGUUUUACGGGCCAUCAGGAGUGCCCAGUACAACUGCAGCAAUCCAUGCGCACUCAGCAUAUCUACAACAGCAGGCUUCUCAACCAAUCUAUGCCAAUUAUGCUACCAUUCAGCAAACCACCGCAGAGAUACAUUGUGAAAAAUUGCAUGACAACAAGUCUAAUUCCAGCAUUGACUCAAUUGAUACCAUACCGUUUGCCAAUGAAAACACAGGCACUAUCAAACAACGUUUACUUAAUCGUCAAGAGCUAUCGAAUGCAAGUGUGUCGCAGACCGCAGCCGGUAGUCAUUUACAUUCCUCCUCAUCAUCGUCGUCCUCGUCCUCCACCAAUACCAUAGCAAAUAUAACACAUUCAUUCCACUCCCUUAAAUCCUCGUCCUCUCUACACGACGCAUCUUUGAUACGAAGUGAGAGCAUCGGAAGCACGGCCAGCGGAGGAAGCGUUGGUCUAACGCUCCUCAGAUCACCGACACUGCAGUAUCCCCCCAUUCAAGCGGACAGUGCACCUUCCCUGGCCGGCUUGGAUAGUUCCAGCACUACGAAUGGUGAUGAGACACGGUCUGACAGUCCCACAGAAGCAAGUGCCAUAUCGAAUACCGGUUCCUCUGGAAAUGGUACAACUACUGCUCAAGUUUCUGUAACCACCGGGCAGAAAGUUUCAGUUAACGUUCUCAAUGACAUUGGCAACAUGUUGGCCAAUCUCACCGACGAAUUAGAUGCAAUGUUGGAGGAAGAGAAGCGCGUAGGUCUAAAUACAGAUAGUGAGUAACUAAAUAAUAUUUAAAUACAGCAAUCAAAUCAACAGACAUUUAAUAAAAGGCAGGUGCUAUUAUCCCAACCUCUUUUCAUGAGAAAAAUCGAAAAACAUCGUAGACUACAUAGUAUAAUAUAAUAAACAUGUAUGUAGUGGUAGCUUAUAAACAUACAUAUAUAUACAUAUAGUAUGCAUUUAUGUUUAUUAACCCAGGGUUACCUAUAUAAUGUAAUAAUAAAAAUGGGCCAGUUUGUGUGGAAAAGACCAUUCAGUUCAACACCCUUUUCGACCUUUGGGUUCAAUCAUCUUUUAUAUACAACUAUAAAGUUGUCAGAAACAGGUAAAAAGGACCUGUUAAACAUUAAUCAAUUCCAAUUAUGGUCUUAUCGAAAUGGUGCAUGUUUGAAUCCGCAUUUAUUCAGAAGAAUUUUCCAUUUUCUUAACUUUUUUUAUCAUUGACAUCGUUAUUUAGCUGUUUGGCUGUUUAUAAAACGCCCAAAGCUUUCAAUUGAGGGUUAAAAGUGAUAUAUUUUGAAGUCGGUCUUAUCAGUACAGCUUAAAAAAUCAGUUGAACUAAAUAAAUGAACGUUGAAACAUGUUUUAUUGUUCUGUUGCAACAUCUGCACGUCUGUUUAGAAAUAAAUCGGAAAAAUUUUUAUUAUAAUCGCAAUAUUCGAAACAUUAAAUUUUAGUGGUUUAAGAAAGAGAGUGUAUGGGCGAACGAGAUUUUUUGGUCAACAACACUUCACGAUGCCAGCCGUCUUGUCUAUUUUUUCAUUAUAGCAGUGGCACAUCCCGGAGUGCCUACUCCCUUUUGCUUUUAGUCGGUGACUGGAUGGAAACAAAACCUUUGGACGCCCGAACUAUGGCCUAACCUUUCGUUAUCCUAUCCAUGCAUGGAGUGGGCCCUCGCCAAGCCUCAGGAGUACAGUCAUACUGAUAACGUAGUCAGCAAUCAUCAACUUUAAUUUUUCCCCCAAAAACAAAUUGUUAUAACACUUUGACAUUUCAUUUUCGUUUUAAUAACAAAUUGUUUCAGUGGUGAAAGGGAAAGUGACCUCCCCGACUAUAGGCCUGCUUAUGCUCUCGUAAAUGUAGAACAAAUGUAUCGUUAAAGAGGCAAUUAUGCCUAUUACCAAACGUAGCAUUUGACAUUUCAAACAAAACAAUUUUAAAAAAAAAAUUACUUGAUGGUGAGAGAGAUCUGACGUCGACGAACUUCAGGCAUAACUGAAGGGCAGGAAUAUUGAGAGGGCAUAUAACAACGAGGAGAUGGGCCGCCCUGACCGUACGGGGAGACAGAAUACGGUCAAGUUUCCCUUCUCAACACUAUGGAUGCGGUGGACAGAGUGAGGAGGGUUUCAGGAGACAGGGACUGGAUUGGGACUAUACUGCAACACGCACACAAUAUUUCAGGGAGAGCUAUGUGUCAUAACAAUAGACGCAAAAGAAAUUCUGGAAAGGGUUUUACAGUUUUCGAAAUCAGUUGUUGUUGGUGAUGUUUUGCCACAUUUGUAUGUGGAGUUAGCGAUUCUCUUCAAGCCCGUUCCGGUCACGGAUCGCCGCUGGAACGUUAUGGCCAUUGGUUAUUAAAAGACGUCAAUAGAUCGCCUGUAUUAAGCAAAAGCCUGAUUGUCCGCGACUUCAAUUGCAGCUACUCCGUAUAAAAAGCCUUUAACUAAUCGCAACCUGUGGAUUCGCCCGGUAGCUCUCAACUGAGCUUCUUGUAAUGACGAUGAACACCAAACAAAUUGGAGCUCAGAGUUUCAACUGAUGUGGUGCUUAUAAUCAUCGCGUGCCGUGUCGAAAUCAGUAUGUGUAUAUGGCGGCCCUCAAGGCCGUGGCCUCUAGUACAGUGAGGUCGCAGUGCAUGGAGGAGUGUGUGGAAUCCCUGAAUAGACCUCAGUUUCAUGACAUUGUGAUAACAUAGAUUAGCGGUUACGACAGCGCCAUAUUGGCGCUUACCACUACUCUCUUCUUGUAGUUUCUUGCUAUCACAUAUGUCUCACUUUUUUUCACAACAGGUCAGACUGACCACCUUUUCAUGGUGGGCUUCCCAAUUAUCCCACAGAGAAAUAGAAUAGGAGAAUAGCAGUUUUCUAAACAUUCAUUUUUGGUUUUGAAAUUUCUUCAAACUUCAAAUUUUUUCUCCUGACACGAAAACGGAACGUAAAAUGUUGUUUUUACUGAAUUUUCCGUUUACGAUAACGAUCGACAGACUUUCGGUAAUUAUUUGCAAUAGUUUUCAUAAAGCAAAACAAAACAGCUGACACGUUUUCCCACAUUUACGGUAUGUUUACGAGAGCAUAACCAGGCCUUAUUUCCGGAGCAACGCAGCCUAUUCAGUUGCCAUGGCUACAAUGUGGCAGGUAUGAAUCGCACACUCCAUUGAGGAGAAAUCACGCCUACGCUUGAUGUGGAUAGGCAACCCUCCGGUCUUGAGCGAGAUGUUCGGCACUACAAAAUUGAGGCUUUCAAGAUAAAAUCUACCUUUCCGUCGCCUUUAGUACCUGAUGUUUUUGAACUACCAGGACCGACCAGAAUGUUGCUGUCUCAAUUACCGUACCGUCUCAAUUCCUACUAGGCUAGUUUUGAUGGCAACGUGUUAGAUGUGUCUCCUGCUCAUGGCGUCCGAAACCCAAGAAUACAACCAAUCAUGAAUUCUUAAAAACUUACAGGAAUCAAAGGAACACUAAUUUCAUGUCAAUAUGAGCGAUAAGGACUACUGCAAUACAAACAGCUUUACUUACAUUUUGAUUUGAUUAUAAUUUAUUAUGGAUGGAGGCCUUUUGGUAACAUAUUACUGACUCUGCUAAAGUGGAGAUGAUUGUUUUGUGCCCGCUUGUUAGAAAAAGUAUUGUUUUUUUUUUUUCAUGCAAAUGUUGCAUGUGAAAGCGACAAACUAUCAAGGAACUUGAGAAAAUGCCAACCAACUCCCUAUUCAGGUGUAAAGACUUUUUGAACUGAGUGGGGGGAAAGCACUUACUGGAGAGAACCCUUUUUCCAAUUCGAUCUUAUAAAAUAUAAAUGUUAACAAUAAGAAGAAUAAAUAAAUAACAAAAAGAGAAAGCUUUUUAAAAGUAUACUUUUUGUACGUUAUCAAAAUAAAUGCAAAACACAAAAUGACACAACCAACCAACCUACCAACACUGUAAAAAGAAAAUGUUUAAUUAAACUAUUUAAAACAGACACACAAAUCUCAACACAAAUAAAUAUAUAAUAAAAAAAAUUAGCCUAUACAUACAUCACAUUUAUACUUAAAAUUGAAAACAAAAAAAAAACAAAACAAAAAGUUUGAUAAAGAAGUGUGUAACAUUGAAUAAUAACCCAUAAUCUUCUUGGAAUAGAUAAAAGAACAUUUUUAUUUUGGGUUAGUUUGACACAAAAUUUGUUUUUAAAAUAAUUUAUUUUUUUGCUUUUGCAUUCAAUUGUAGCCUAAAACACUGGGGCAAAAAUAUAGUCGUAAGCUCAAGUAUCAUGAGCAAAUCUUUUUGUUAGCUGUAACUUUUGGAUGUGAAGGACAUACUUCAAAUUUUUUUUUUCUUCUUAAAUUAUUUUGUUUUUAUUUUUAUUAAAAACUUGUAAUUUACAUACAUUUUUGUUUUAUGAUAUAUUUUUUAACGUACGAAAGCGAUUGCAGAAAUUGUCGCCUAUAAAAUUGCCCUAUAAAGAUGAAAAGGUUAAGUGUUAUUCCAUUUAUUUAAUUAAAAUUUAUAUACAAAAAUAAAUAAAAAUAUAAAAAUAUUAAA